AUGAUCACCAACAAGGUAUAUUUUGAUGUCUCUAUUGGAGGAAAACCUGCAGGGCGCAUUGUCAUGGGCCUCUAUGGCAAGAAGGUUCCCAAGACUGUGGAAAACUUCCGUGCGUUGUGUACGGGCGAGAAGGGUUUUGGAUACAAAAGCUCCAAGUUCCACCGAGUGAUCAAGGACGCUUAG